AACAGCCUUUAGCUUAUGAGAUAAAACAGAAAUGAAAAUGAAAUACUAAGGGAAAAUGCAAUCUCGUCUGCUACAACACAAUCAGCGGGUUGUAAACAUUUGACGUUCAUAACUGAUUUAGACAAUACAAAAUUACAAGAAUGUCCCAUAAUGGAAGGUUUGCUAUGACUACCGAAGGAAUCGACAAGGUAACCAGUGAAAUGAUCGCCAUAACGACUGCAAACACUGCGAGUAAAUAUAGCUGGAACCAAAAUGGAACUCUCGACGAGGACGAUAUUCGACGAGAUCAAAAUUCAAAAAAGGUUUUGCUGCUCCUUCCGGUUAUUAUAUUCGUAUUUCUGUCGAUUCUAAUCGGGAUUGUUGGAAAUUUCCUUGUGUGUUAUAUAUACAGAUUCCGACUCCGGCGGUCGCCAUCACGUUAUUUUAUUCUGUUCUUGGCGCUUUUGGAUUUGAUAUCAUGUUUUGUAGGGGCAGCUUCAGAACUGACAGAUUUAUUUCAGCCAUACGUGUUCACGGCAACAUGGUCAUGUAAAAUUCUCAGAUUUGGAUUGUCAUUCACAAUUAUAUCAGCAAGCUUUACACUCAUUUGUGUUGCGUUUGACAGAUAUUACAAAGUUUGUAGGCCUCUGAAAGCGUUUCCGGUGAAGAAAGUUAAGAUAUUGUGUAUCGUUGUCGUCUUUUUAAGUAUCCUUCUAUCUAGUCCUGCUCUGGUAAUAUUUGGACUGAAAUCCGUUGAAAUUGAUGGAUAUGACGGACUAUUCGGAACGGAGUGUUCCACGGCAGACACCGUCAGAAAGACCGCGCUUCCUAUUGUUUACUACAUAAUACUCUUCAGCGCGUUUCUUAUACUGCUCACGAGCUUCGUUCUUUUGUAUGUAAAGAUAGGACUUGAAAUUUGGAAAAGAAAGAAAAAGACAAUUGGAGAAACGUUACCUACUUUAAUAAAAGAGAUUAAUAAUGUGCAAUGGACAAGAAACACAAGGACAGAAAGUGUUCCUCUUGACGAUCCAUCUAGUCGCUCCGCAGACGAUUACAGUGAAUCACGUGCCGGAUGUGAAUCUAUAGAAUCACGUACCGGAUGUGACAAUCGAGGUAUCGUUGAAAGCGAAAGCUUUCUUGGCACGUUGGAAAGGACAGACUCAUGUAUAAACGAACAAAACACAAUAAACAGGCAGAAACCUGUUCUGAGGAGACGUAGGUCAAAUUUAGGCCGGAUGUCUAUAAGAACAUUAAGGACUACCAGUAUCUUCUUUGCAGUGUCGGCUGCGUUUGUUCUAAGUUUUCUGCCAUAUCUGAUCGCAAACAUUCUCAAAUUUACAAAAGUUGCUUUCUCUGAUAUACAGAAUCCUGCAGAAGAAGUUGUUUAUAACUUUUGUGUUCGCUCAUAUUUUAUAAGCAAUUGUAUAAAUCCAAUUAUUUAUAGCGCAUUGAAUGUUAAUUUCAGAAAGGAAUGUAAGAAAUUGUUGAAACGUAUUUUACAAAGAAUUAAACUCUGUUGUUUGUGUCGAUCUGAAUAAAUUAUAUCAAAUGUU